UACGUCUCUAAGCAGAAAGUCGGUUCAAGGUCGUCACAAUCAGGCGACUAUACUAUUGUCAGUACAGCUCUAGUUGUCGACCAAACAUCUCAACUAGCGUUUGGAGAUUAUUUACAAUAAUGCACCUCAAACGAAAUGACCCUAAACCACUGAUUGAUCCUGAUCGCCUAACUCUCAUUGGAUUCAGAUUUUGCCCUUAUGUUGAUCGUGUCAGACUAAUAUUGAGUUACUACAAGAUUGAUUAUGAUCUUAUCAAUGUUUCAUUGGCUUCAAAACCUGAAUGGUUUUUAGAAAUGUAUCCAAUUGGCAAAGUUCCAUUAUUAUUAUUACCAAAUGAACAAAAAUUACCAGAAUCCGAUGAGAUUAUACGUCAUAUAGAUAAAUUAUAUGGUUCUGAAACUUUAUUAUCCCAUUGUGGUAUUGAAGAAUUUGAAAAAGCUAAAGAACUUAUUACUGGUAUAUCGAGACCAAGUUAUAUGAUUAUGUGUGUGCAAGAAAUAAAUCUAUGUGAUGUAUCACUGUAUCGAGCAGCAUGCAAUAAGAUAAAUGACGCUAUCAAAGGUCCAUAUUUUACUGGUCCUGAAUUAAGUCUAGCCGAUUUGAUUUUGUUUCCACAUUUGCAUCGAUUCGAAGUAGUUAUGGGUCGAAUAACCGGUAAAAAACCAGAAGAAAUCAAUGAACUAAAUAUAAAUGAUGAAUUACGUAAAGAAUUCCCAAAAUUGACUGAAUUUUUAGAUACAAUGCGUAAACAACCAUUUGUGAUUGAUAUUACUAUCCCAUAUCGUAUUCAUGUUCAAUAUGCGGCUUCAGUACUUUCAGGUCAUGCUAAUCCAGACAUAGAAUAGUUUCUAAUUAAUUUCUUUAUAAUAAUUCAUUUUGUUUAUUUAAAGACAAUAUUAAUUUGAUGAUAUGAUUGUUAGGAAAAUGAUUAUCAUCGUAUUAUAGUACAAUUAUAAAGAAUUGACUAGUUAUGUUAUUUAUCUUUCUAUAAACGAUAAAUUCGAUGAUGGUAUAUCGUAGGUAAGCAUCAUCAUCAUCAACUUUUGUUUCCAUUAUUUUAUUCCUUGUAAAAUGAUUUUCUUUUAGAUGUCAUUUACUAUUAAUGUAUGUCGUAGAUUGGUAGUAUAAUAAUACUCACAGUUACUGCAUCUAAUGAAUAAAAAUUCCUGAGUGUAACAAAUAGUAAAUGUUAGUUCCAAUCAAUAGUAUGGCUCCCAAAUGCCCUGGUACGGCC